AUGUCUUUCCUGCGAGAAGCGCAAAUAUGUAUAGCUAACCAGACAGCUCGGAAGAGCCUCAAUGCAUUUAUCGGCUUGGCUGGAGGACCCACGAUCCUUCGCAAAGCCGAGGCGGCGGACACGCAGAGGGAUGGAGGUCCUCUCCACGGCAGAUUGAUAGCCGUCAAAGACAACAUCUGCACUUCUGACCUUCCCACAACGAGCGCCUCGGGAAUCCUCAAAACAUUCACCAGCCCCUACGAUGCAACCGUUGUCAAGAAGAUUCACCACGCCGGCGGCAUCGUGGCCGGCAAGACAAAUCUCGACGAGUUUGGCAUGGGUUCGCACUCCAAGUGCUCCUACUUCGGUCCCGUAACACAAAGCAAUGCUGAGGGAGCAGAAGCCCUGUCUGCGGGAGGCAGCUCGGGGGGAAGUGCCGUAGCGGUGGCUACUGGGCAAUGCUGGGCAGCAUUGGGAACUGAUACGGGAGGGUCGGUAAGGCUACCGGCUGCGUACACGGGCAUAGUAGGGUUCAAACCAUCGUAUGGCUUGGUCUCGAGAUGGGGAGUCCUUGCGUACGCAAACUCUCUCGAUACUGUCGGCAUUCUGGUGCAAAGCACUCAGCAUGCGAAGGUAGUUUUCGAGGCGAUCAACGGCUACGACGAGCAAGACCCAACCAGUCUGCUGCCCAGCACACGUGCCCGCAUCUCCGAGUCGCUUUCCCAAAGACGCCGCAACUCUAGCCUUCGCAUCGGUGUACCGCUCGAGUACAACAUAGCCGAGCUUUCCCCCCAGGUCCGCCGCGCAUGGACAAGUGCCCUAGAAUUCCUUCGAAACCAAGGUCACAUGAUCGUCCCAGUCUCUUUACCAAGCACGAAGCGUGCCCUCUCCGCCUACUAUGUCCUUGCACCCGCCGAGGCCUCCUCCAAUCUAGCGAAGUACGACGGCGUUCGAUACGGUACUCGCGCAGAAGGCCCGGAUGGCGCUGAAGGCGUUCUGUUCUCCAAAACCCGCGGAGAAGGCUUUGGAGACGAGGUCAAGCGCCGCAUACUCCUUGGUGCCUACACACUGAGCGCCGAGGCUAUCGACAAUUAUUUCAUACAAGCGCAAAAGGUUCGGAGGCUUGUACAGCAGGACUUCGAUCGAGUGUUCAGCCUGGCUAAUCCGCUGCUGGAUGGUGGGCGCACCGGCAGACAGGACACGGAUCAGGCGGUCGACGUACUGGUCUGCCCGACGGCGCCGACCUUGCCGCCUACCCUCGAGUCGCUGGAGAAGCAGUCACCGGUCGAGGCGUAUGUGAGUGAUGUCUUUACGGUGCCGGCGAGUUUGGCUGGGUUGCCGGCUGUGAGCGUGCCGUUCAAAGCAUCGCAAAGGGGAGAGGGAGAAGGGCAGGAGGGCAAUAUCGGCAUCCAGGUCAUUGCCCAGUAUGGCGACGAUAAUCUCGCUCUCGAUGUUGCAAGGAUGAUAGAAGAAACUAGACGGACUUGA